UGCCAGUUGCCAGCACUCCAUAGUCCACACGACGUCCUCUCGACAGGCGUGAGGCGUUUAGUAACCACUACAACUUAUAAAGUCUACAUGUAUAUAUUAUUUCAAAUUUGUACAGACACUAAAAUGUUAUUCGUUUGUAAUAUUAUGGUAUUAUACAAUCAAAUAUCAAAUAUGUGAAUAUAGCCAGUCGAAUUUUACAUUUUUGUAUACUAGUUAUAGAAAAGGUAUUUAAAUUUGUCAAAUUACAGAAAUGGCUUCGGUUCUUAAAAAACAAAUUUUAAAACAACUAUCGAGGUUCACCAAAGGCUUGAAAGAGGAAGACAUAAAUUUAAGUACGUUUAAAGGAGAAGGUGAAUUGACGUCUUUGGAACUUGAUGAAAAUGCUUUAAUGGAUGUAUUAGAUGUACCGUAUUGGGUACGAAUAACCAGUGCCAAAUGUGACAGAGUUUUCUUUCAGGUUCCAUUCAUGGCCAUCAAGAAAGUUCCUAUGUCCUUGACUUUAGACAAAGUUUCAGUUGAAAUUGAGACUUGUGAUAAUGUGGAAUCAAUGGCAAUGAGGGAAAAUGUACAGACUGUACAACCAGGAAAAUAUAAAUUUAUAAAUCAAGUUAUUGAUGGCAUGACUAUACAAAUUAAUGAAGUUAAUAUUACUUUUAAAGAUCCUGCUUUCCAUGCUUCUGUUCAGAUUUUGAAAAUAUUAGUUCAAUCUAAGUCUCCUAACUGGGAGUCUACAAAUCUUAAGACAACAAGACUAAAAAAUGAACAGAAAACGCAAAUAUUGAUAUUUAAAGAAUUGACUUGGCAGAUGAUACGAAUCGAAUUAUAUUCUACUAAUGAUCGAAAUAAACCUCCUAUUAAACUAUUCACUAAUGAUAUAAUUUGUCGGUUAACUAUUAAGAAGAGGCUUUCAGAUUGUUUUAUUUUGGGAUGCAAGUUAGCAAUUUUAAUUGAAGAGUUAUUGUGUGUUUUUACUGAUUCUCAAAUGAAAGCAGCACUCCAUUAUAUAGAUUCAUUAGCUGGUGUUGUAAAAAAAUCAACAGAUCUUUCUCGCAAGAAAAAAGCAAUUAGAAAACUAGAAUGUUUACCUGAAUAUCAAGCUCAAUUAGAUCAGGAAAAGAGAGGAAAAUUUGUUUCAAGUUCAAAAAGUUCAUGUUUAUUUAGUUUUCAUGAUGUAAUUGAAACAUCAUAUCAUUUUGUUGCACAGAAAAUUAAUCUUCAUCUUAGUGAUGAUCCUGGAAGUCGUUCAUUACAUCCAGAUUUACAAAAAGGUGGUUCAAUACAAAUUGAAGUAACUUGUUUUCAAGUUGAUCUAUAUCCUUAUCAUUUGGCCGAUAGUGAUCGAUUACAUUGGGGUCUUUACAAAAAAGCAAGUUCAUCAUUUUUUCAGUGGUUAAAAGAUUCUCAGUCUGAAUUUUGGGAAAAUCUGUGUACAUUAACGAGAGAGAAUUUCCAAAUUCCUGACAUUCAAAAAGGAAAUGUUACUAAAUAUUUAAAAGCUCAAUAUUCAAAGCUGAUGACCAGUUGCACAGUUCUAAGAAUGUCUGACUUUGUUGUAUAUAGGGUCCAGUCAGGGAAAAAACAAGAUCAGAUUGCUUUUAUUAAAGGCGAUAAAGAACGACAUAAAUUACCUCAUGAUUCUAAAGUAAUUCAUGCAGAAUUUACUUAUUAUUAUUAUCCUGGAGAUGUGGCAUUCCCUUUACCGCCAUCAAAAUUUUAUGCACAAUUAAAUCCAGUACAAAUGAACUUUGACGCAUUAACUGUAUUAUGGUUAAAUACAUUUGCAUUGAAUGUUUAUAAAUCAUUAAUGACUACAAAUGUAGCAAACCAAGAUAAUUUAGGCAAUAUGAUAUAUUUUGAUAUACUCGUUGAAGCAAUUAUGCCUCGUUUUAUAUUUGAAGAAGAAAAACUUUGUAAUAAUCAAAAGGAUCGUCCCAAAUCAUUAAAUUUACAAACCAGUCGAGCUACUUUGAGUAAUGUCCGUAGUAAUGAACAUGGCAUGUCAAGAUCUGAUUUAGCUAAUUGUGUUAAUGGUUUGCAAUUUGCAUCUCUUUUCUAUUCUUCUGAAUAUCCAGCAAAAGAUGGAGAUUAUCAUCCUGUGACAGAAAAAUUAUUAAACCAUGCUCAAGAUAAUGAUGAUGUGCGAGCAUACCCAGAUAAUAUAACAGUUUUUUCAUUAGAAGAGUUCACAAAAGAAUUAAGCCAAGAACUUUUGUGGAUCGAAGCUAAAGAUAUUUGGUGUGUGCGAUUAGAUCCUGUUUGGGGUGAUUUUUAUGGUGCCAGAGCAGUUGGAUCUACACCAGUACCUUUUCUUGAAGCUUUUCCCCUUACCUUAUGGGUUCAGCCACCUACUCUAACACAAAAAUCUGAAGUUUAUAACAGGAGCUUAAAAUAUGGUGAUAUGACAGUGUUAUGUCAUGUUCCAAAUUUAAUCAGCAUACAAAUCAAUCAUUUUCAAUAUCUUUUUCUUUUGCGUGUGGCUGAUGCAGUUGAUGAACUGGCUACAUAUAUUGUUGCUGAUCAACAUAGCAUAGUGGGAAGUAAAAAGAGUGGAUCAUUUGUAUUUGCUGCACUAUUUGCUCAAGUUGAAAUAACAUUUGUCACUAGUGCUCAGUUAGAUACAUUGGGCAAAUCUGGAGGUGUUGAUGAUGUAAGCUCAAGUGUUGUGGCAGAUUCAUCAAGUAUAGCAACUCAAAGUGGUCAUAGUGCGCAAUUGAGCAAUAAUAUACAUACCGCUACUUAUGAGGAUGUUGGGUACGUGUACGAUAUGAGCCAAGCUUUCAGAAUACCUAUGGCUAUAUCUGGAGCCAGUUCUAAACGAAAAGAAUUUAUGUCGCAAAAGUCAGCUUCUGUUGUGUAUGAUAAUGUCAAAGAAAUGUCUCAAAUAAAAAUGGCAGAAUCAAUUACGUCAGAUAUUAAUUUACCAUCUUUCAAAGGCAUGAAGAAACGUUGGUUUAAUUUCGGAGCAUCUGUUGAUAUUGCAGGAAAACAAAAUAUAGACGAUUAUAGUGAUAAUGUUUCAGUUAGAUCUGAUAUGAGUUCAGAUAGUGAAAGUUUAAUGGACUUGAGCAUAGACACAAAUGAUGGUGCUGAUGUAAUGUUUAAGUUUCCUUCAGCCCAAAGACCAAAAGGUGGAUUUAUUAAAAAUAUUGAAAUGGCUUCUGAAGCAUUUGAUGAUAUUUUUGGAGGAGGAGAAUUAACCCCACCAACCACUUCUAGUGAAAGAGAUUCAAUUGGAAGUUCUAUAAAACGAAAAGAUUUGAUUGCUAUAACCACUUUGAAAUUUGGACGAGUUGAAAUUUUACAUCAAUCAGAAGGUCUCAAUUCAGUUGUUAAAUUACAAGUCACAAAUGUUAGUACAGAAGAGUGUCCAUAUAUUCCAUGGGAUGAAUUUCAGGAUAAAUUUACAACCAGAACACGGGAUUGGAAUGAAGUUGAAGGUGUCGCAGGUUUACCACAGAUACCUAGGGUAAUGGUUCGAUUAGAACACAAUAUUAUGCCCCAACGUGAUGAAAAACUGAUUAAUUUGGAUGAAUGGAAAAAUGACAAUCUUACUGCAAAGAUUAACAAUGUUUCUUUGUCAUUGAAUGCAAACUCGUUAACCAGUUUAGCGGACUUUUUUGUUGACGAACAUCCAUCAAAAUCACUACCAUUUGAGGCAACUAUUGAAAACACGACGAUUAAACUAUGUAGUCCAACCCAGAAUGAUGCUUUACAGGAUGAAACAAGCUUAAAACCAACAGAUACAGAAAUUCGUCUUAGUAGGUUAAAAGUCAAACGCACUAAUGAUGGUUUAGUUUGUGUGGAACCAAUAAAAGAAAAUUGUGAUAGUCCUGAUAGCAGUAAUCAGCUAAUAGAAGUAAUGGAAGAAUUUAAAAAAGUUACUAUUGAAAAUGAAUACCUUCAUAGAAAACUAGGUACUCUUGAACGAUUAAAAGAAGAGAAUUUAGAAUUGCGUCGGUUUCAAGAUGAAAACAGAAAUCUAAAAAUAUUGCUAAGUGAGGCACAAGAUAACAUUAGUAAGUUGUUGGGAGAAAAACAAACUCUGUUGGAUCAGGUACAUGUUUUAAAAGAACCUAAGACUAAUAUGAUAGUGACUUCCUCGAAAAGAUAGCGUACGUGUUGGUGCUUUACUUGCACGAACGAUAGAUCACCAGUAUGACUGUUAUAAAACAAGGUUUUGUAUUUAUAUUGUUGUUUUGUGUUAUUGUUAUUUGAUAUAUUUUUUUUAUAUAGUAGUAUAAGCUUGAAAACAUGGGUGCAGUAUCUGAUUAUUAAAUGUCAUAUUCUCCAUGAUCUCAAAAACAAAAUGAUUAAAAGGUUAAAAGUAAUUCAAGUAACAACAUCCACAUACAUUUCUUUUCAUUGAUAAGUAAUUGUACUUAUUAUUUGAUGCUUACAAUUUGCAAAUGUGAUAUUGUUGUGGUAGCAACAAUUAAAGAUUUUUUAUAUCUACAUUGGUUGCAAAAUAUUUUCUUUUAAUUUUCUCUUAUGCAUAUCAUAUGUUUAUUUAAAUAUCUUAUAAUUAAGAGAAAGGUAAAAACCCAGAACAUUUGUGUUUUAUGAAUUAAUUUUGUGUCUCCAUCCUGUGUGUUAUAAGUAAACAUGACUGGUAUGCAUGCUUGUUUUAUUAAACUAUUAAUACUGGUUUGAACUGAGACAACCAUACCUUUAACUAUUUGUAGAAAUAAUGAUUCUGCUAUUAUGUUUAAAAUAUUUUAGCUUAAAAACUUUUCUGGUUCAUUGUUAAUUAGGUAAAAGAAAAAAAUAUGUACAGUGUUUAAAAUAUGAAUCGAUUAAGUGAAGUUCUUGAAUUUUCUGUGAUUUCGAUGAUAAAUAUCAUAUAAUAUAUUAUAGGUACUAUAUACAUUAUACAUAUUUUAUAUCUUACACUAUUGUGUGACAAACUGUCAUCACAAUUUGUUAUAUAAUUUUACUUUGCUGGUUUUAUUCAUCUUCAUAUUUCUAUAAUUAUUUAUCUAUAUUGUAUAUACAGGGUAAUUCUUUUUCCGAUCUACACUCAUUAUCUCAAACAGCAUUAAUGUUUUUGAAAAUAUUUACAUAACUUUAAGUCGUUAUAAAACAUUAAAAAAAAUAAAAAUAUUAUAUUUUUAAUUACAUAUUCUAAAGUAGAAUAUUUUUACAUAAAAAAUAUUCUGUUUUUUUUUUUUUUGUUAUAAAUUCAAAUUACGAAGAAAAUGUUUAUGCUUUUUGAGAUAACAAUUAAUCAUUAAUGAGUGUUUACUGUUAAAAGAAUCAACCAGUAUAUUGCCAAUAAAACUUGGAUCUAACCAACUUCUGUUUUUAAUUAUUUUAGUAUUGUUUUUAAUUUUAAGCCAUACAAAGGAAUGCUUACAUGAAUAAUAAUUAAGAUUCAUAUUUUAUUAAGUAGGUUUUUUUCAUAAGACUGUUUCAUCUUAUUUACUCUAAAUUAAAUACAAAAAAACCAAAUUUGUUGUGAUUAAAAUUAUGUUAAAAUGUUUUAAGCAUUGUUGUUUCUUGUGAUGUUAAUUGUAAAAUAUUACUCUAUAUUAUUUAAUCAUUAGAAUAUUUAACUUCAUUAAAUUACAAUAUUACAUUAUUAUAUAGCAUGUCUUAUGUUGUACCUAUUUGUAAUAAAAAACCAUCUUUCUCUAUGACCCCAUUACUUUAAAAAAAAAAAAUAUAGUGUAUUGUGCUAUGUAAUGUGGUGCUAUACUACUGUUAUUAUUUCUAUAAUAUUCUUGUUUAAUAUUUCAUUCUAAUCAUAUUUUUGAUAAUUUUUCAUCGACUAGUAGGUAUCAAAUGUCUAUUACCAUUAUGUUUUUACAUUAUGACCUGACUGUCUAAAGACAUUUGACCUUUAAUAUUUUGAUUAAACUGUUUAAUUCUAACGAUUAAAACCUAUGAUUAAUUAAUAUUUUUACAUUUUUAGCCUAAAAAUUUUACUGAACUAAUUUCUUAUUCCAAUAUUUAAAGAAUCAUAAUUUUUUAUAAUUUAUGAGGAUUUUUUUUUGUCCAAAAUAAGCUUUAUUUAUGUUGAGGUGAUAUAACGUAACCUAAUAUACAUAAAAGAAUUUCAAUGUAAUUCACCAUUUAAAAUUAAUAUCUUAUAAUACUUAUGCCGGGUUUUUAGUGAACCAUUAAAUUUAAUAAAUUAUUUAUGUAACCCAGCAUUAAUCUAUUAAAACUUUACUGAAAGAUUAAAAUUAGAUUUAUAUUUGAUAGGACUGUCUAUUUUUAAUUUAUUUUAUAACCACUGAUCAUUAUAUUAUACAAUAUUAACAAUAGUAUACUUAGGGCCAGUUGUACCAUCCACGGUUAAACUUCGAUUAUGCUUAUUCAGCUGAUAACAGAUAUUUAACCGGGCAAAUUCAGCCAAUUAAACUCCGGUUUAACUUUAAUCGAAGAUAGUACAACUGGCCCUUAAGGAUGUUAAGUUUAAUAUUACUACAUGAUACAUUUAAGGAAUGAAGAAUUUGAAAAUUUGAAAAUACUAUACAUAUUAAAUAUAAGUAAAAAUGUGGGUAGGUACUUAAAUAACAUGUUUUUUUUUUUUGAGAAAUGAAAUGAACUGAUUACCAUUUUUUGAUGUAUACCUAUUAAUAUAAAAUAUAUGAUUUCCAUGCUUAUAAUAUAUUAGACUGGUUUGAAAUUGGGAAUGGAUAUUCUUUGACCCCUCCCUACUAAAUAUGCACACUGUAUACACUACACAUAAUUAUAUGGAUGUCCAUGUUUGUAUACAUUUCUUAUUUAAAAAAGAAUAUCAUUCAAUAUGUUUUACUUACCUUAUAUCUUAAGUACAUUUUUUUUUUAUUGUUAUCACUUAUUAUGAAUCAUAUUAUGAUUUCCACUCAGUGGCUGUGGGAUAAUUAAUUUUAAAAUAAUUUUCAAAGUUUACUUAUCUUAGAAUUUAUUUUAAUCAAAGUAAUAAUUACUAUAUUAUAUUGUAUCUAUUAGUGUUAUUUUAAAUCUUACCGCAAUUAUUACUUGACUUUGACUUACCAUUUCUAUUAUACUCUGGCCUCUGAUGUUCGCCUAUUUAUUCAUUGUUUUAUAUUCAAUAUUUUGUUAUUAUAUAUAUUUUAAUUUUAAUGUAAUUACAUUUUUUUUUAAUAUACUGUUAUUACGCAAAUUCAAAUUUUGUUAUAUUAUCAUUAAAUACCGGAUUUAUAUGUUUUUACAUAUCGUUACUGGGUCUAUGCAGUCUUAUGAGAGUAAAAAAUGUGGAUGAUUUGUUCAAUUCUGAAUGCAUAGAAAAAAGUUUUUUUUGCAUAUUUGAGAAUAUUUUAUGGGUUAGAGAAUAUUUAACUCAUUUAGCAUAUUUUGGAAUAUUUCGUAAAUUGUGAGAAAAAAUUUGUAUUUAUUUUUAAUUUUAAUAUUACGGUACCCAGAAAAAAUUUUUUUGAACAUUUACAAUUUUUUAUUUUAUCAUUUCCAACUCUUACUAAAGUGCAAUAAUUUUCCAUUAGAAUACGAAACUUUAAAUACCUAAUAAUUAACUCACUAUUAAUAUAAAAUUGAAAAAAAAAAAAAUUUUAAAUGCAUAUUUAAGUAAAUAUAAUGAUGUUUAUUGAUUAUUUUAGCAUAUUUUUUAAAUUUUUAAGAGACUAUAAUGAGAAUAAUUUAAGGUUUUUUCGAGAAUAUUAGCAUCAUAUUUAAGGUAUUUUAAGAGAAUAUAAAUCCAGUCUUUAAUUAUCAUAAUUUUAAAAAGAAAAAAACCUUAAUUAUUUGAGUCUACAUAUUUUGUUGUGAAUUCUAUUUGAUAAAAUUGUAUUGUUGAUUUAGCACAUAUAGUAAGAGCAGUUGUUACCAACUAAAUAAUCUAUAUUUAAAUAUAUAAGAUAAUUUGAUAUUGGUAUGUAGCCGUGGACAGAUAUCUUCGAUAGAAAGCCAAACCCCAGUAUUGUUUAAACCAGGAUUAAAGGUACCAUCAGGACUUUUUUGAAUUGGUAUUUUAAUGUUAAAUAUAAAUAGAGGGUGGGGAAGGGUUAACACACUCCGCUGUAGUCGUCAAUCUAAUAAUAUAAUGAAAUAAAAUAUGACAUAUGUUAUUUUAGAGGCACUCCGUAAAUAAAUUGCUUACAUACAGACGAAGGGAGAUGUUACAACACAAAAACACCCCAACCCAAUAAACAAUUAUUCCUAGUUCCUACAGCUAAAAGCAGUAUGUCAACAGUACACACAGUUACUGCAUUCACAGAUAAAACUCGACACAUUUUUUUUUUCUUUUAUUGAACUUAAGCCCGGCAACUAAGGCCAUUAGCUGUUGUAGGGGUUAUGAACUGUGGUAGAGGUAAGGUUGGUACGGUGGGUUGUUUUUUACGGUUGUUACGGUAGGUAGCAAACAUGUGUAUGUGUGGCAAGGUAUUUAACUACUAUGAACCCGGGUGGGUCACCCAUCCGGAAACUAGUAGCUGUGGCUGUUACUUACUUCCAGUCGCAUUCCGCGACUGGUAGCAGCCAACACACCAUGCCAAGCCACUCAACACAUUUAAUACGUUUACUGUAGUAAAUAUUUAAUUUAGUACAUGUAUAUGUAUCUGUUUAAAUAAUAUCUGACAGGAUACUGGCUGGGUAUUGGCCAUUUAUAAAUAUAUAAUACACAUUUUACCAUAGUUGCAAACUUAUUAUUUAUUUAACAAAUUAAAAUUACCACUUACCAGUUAGAUUUAAUGUAUUUAAUUCAAGUGGCACACAUUCAUAAUAAUCAAAUGCGGGGUUGUACUAAAAUUUAAUAAGCAACUAUACUCUGUCCAGUGAGAGUAAGCGCCACAGGUCAACAAAAAUCGGUUUUAUUGCGCAUUCCAGGCAACACCUUGCCAUAC